GAGACCACUGAGAGAGACGAGAAGAGGGGAAAGAGAGAGAGAGAAGCUCUUUAGUUCAGCUUGAUAAGCAAGUAGCUUGCAGCUUUUGCAGAUAGAAAACAGUCCAGAGACGAAGAGGAGUAUCAAAAGAAAAAGAAGACAGAACAGAUGAUUUGAAGAUAAAGGCGAGAGUAGAGGGGAAGACACUUGGUGGAGGUGAGAGGUAGCCAGGCUGAGCUGACUUUCCCCCAGAGGGGGAGUUGCAGUUGCCGGCCAGGGCAGGUCCCAGGGCUGGCAGGGCUGGCCCUACUGCUUCUCCACCUCCAUUCCUUCCUCCUCUUUCACUCCUCCUUCUUCUCCCUUAAACUAUCAACUAAACUGCUGUGCAGUGAUGAACUUACAGGCAGAGCCCGUGAGCAACACAGGAAUGCUUAGAAAAUCCUGCCAAAUGAACUUCUCCUCAAGUGAGGAAAACUCCUAGUUGAGCCUUCCAUUAGAGGACCUCCACUGCAAUACAAACUGUGACCCUGUUGUCUUCUCACACAUUUUUCUUCGCACUCACUGGUUGAGUGCACUGAGAGACUGAGGGUUCUUUUUAUACACUUUGUUUUUCCUCUUAUUUUUGCUUUUGUAAACCGGAACACUGGCAACUUUUUCAGUAGCACGGUGCAAGGACCAGCUCCACUCACCCAAGAUGAGCCGCUGGCUGAAAUGCACCUCCAUGCACUUUAACACAGACUGGAACAAGUAUGACGAUCGGCUGAUGAAGGCGGUGGAACGCGGCGAGGUGGACAAAGUGGCCGCUGUUCUCGGCAAGAAGGGCAUCAUCCCCACUAAGCUCGAUGUGGAGGGACGCUCUGCGUUUCAUUUGGCUGCAACGCGAGGACACCUGGACUGUCUCAGUCUCAUCCUGGGACACAAUGUUGACAUCACCGCAACUGAUGCCACUGGUAAAAACGCUCUUCAUCUGGCUUCAAGAAAUGGACAUUCUCUGUGUGUGCAGAAACUCUUGCAGCAGCACAACUGUCCAGUUGGAAAUGUGGACCUACAAGGAAGAACAGCUCUACAUGAUGCUGUCAUGGCUGGCUGCUCCUCCAGUGUGAAACUUCUCUGUGACAGCGGAGCGUCUGUGAAUGCCAGUGAUUUUGAUGGCAGGACACCUCUGGUGCUGGCAACCCAGAUGUGUCAUCCACGCAUCUGUCAGCUGCUGCUGGAGCGAAGGGCUGAUAUCACUAUCCGGGACAAACAAAACAAGACAGCGCUCAUUCUGGGCUGUGAGUACGGCUGUAAGGAUGCAGUUGAGGUGUUGUUAAAGAGCGGCGUUGAUGUGAAGGCAGUUGACGGCUUGGGUCACGAUGCAUUUCACUACGCUCGUCUCAGCAAGAACCAGGAGCUCGUUGCGAUCGUCAAGAGCUACCUCGACAAAGCCAGCAGAGAUAAAGAGGCUGCUAAGAUUGAACAGUGGAAGCGACAGCAUUCAGUGGAGAGGUCCGAGGCAGCUGAGGCUAAUAGAAGGGAUCAGAUGAUACAUGACCUGGAGAGGCAGAACGAGACCCUGCAGGAAAGUCUGAGGAAGUACCACCAGGAUCAGAGGGCCCUGUUAGAUCAGGUCAACAUACUACAGGAGAAGCUCACACAGGAAAAGAUGACUGUCGAAGACACUCAAAAAGAGAAGGAGCAGUUGAAGGUGUUACUCAGUGCCAAAGAAAGAGAGGACGGAGCACGAGGCCCGGAGACUGUCAAGGUCCAGCUCAGGAGCACUUUGGGGGACUACUCUGGGCAGUCUGUCAUCAAAGGUAAAGAGAACAUUUUGAUGAAACAAGCUCACAGCCUGGAUUCUGAUCAGUCUCUGAAGAUGCUCCAGAAUCCUGCUUUGACACGUUCACUGUCCAGACCUUUAGAGAAGAGUCAGGCCACUGUAGGCUGGGAUGUCACUGGUGAACUUGAUGCACUCCGACAUGAACUUGAGGUGGUCAAACGAAAGCAAAAAGCAGCAGAGGAAGAAACGGCUCGGCUUCAAACUGCCCUGAACCAUAAAAGCCAUGAGUGUCAAGAACUGGUUCAGAUCAAAGACACCAUCCAGAAACAGGCUGAUCAGCAGGUUCAAGAACUAGAGGAUGCCUUGAGGGACGUUCAGAAGAGGAUGCUUGAUUCUGAAUCCAAGGUGAAGCAGCUGCAAGCCCAUGUGGUCGCAGUUAAGGAGCACUUAGGAGGCCAGGCAACAGAAGAGCUGCGCGCCCAGCUCCAGGAUGUCAAAGCCAAGUAUGAAGGUGCUUCAGCCGAGGUGGGUCGGGUUCGUAAUCGCCUCAAACAGAGUGAGAAGGCCUUGGAGGAGUACAAGAGCAGCGAAAGCCAGCUAGCAGCUGAGGCCGAAAGGUUAGGCGAAGAGCUAGUAGCUCUGUCUGCAGAGAGAGAUGAGCUAGCAGAAACCCUCCUGGAGAUGGAAACACAGUUAAAGGAGGUUCAGACUAAACAUGGCAACACGGUACCAGCUGAGAAGUUUGACAACAUGAAAAACCUGCUGACCAACGCAGUUGACGAGAAGGAACGGCAGAUUGCUGAGCUGAGGGAGGACUAUGAUCGUGUGCUAGAGGAGGUGGCGGAACUCCAUCGAAAGCUAGAUAGUCCAUCAUCCCAGGGAGGAGCAGGGGCAAUGUCUUCUGAGGAGCAACAAAGGAUACGAGCAGCUCUCGAAGAGCAGAAUGCGUCACUGAAAAGGAAACUGGUCGAUGUGACUGCAAAAAGCCAGGCACUAAUUCAAGAGGUUGAGGAGAGCGAGGAAGAAAGAGAUAUACUACGAGAGCAGCUGGAUGAGCUCAACAGCAGGGUUGAGGUUGACUUCAUACCCAUAAAGGUCCACGAUGAAGCCAGGAUGAACAUGGUAAAGGCUUUGGAGGAGCUGGAGGACAAGCUGGUGGAAGCCAGUGAACGUUACGGAAAAGCAGAGGCACAAGUCCAGCAGCUUCAAACCGAGAGGGCGGCUCUGCAGGAGAAUAUCAGCAGCCUCAAAGGUGGCAGUGAGAGACACCAGAGUGAAAUGGAUGCUCUGAAGUCUCAGAAUGCUGACUUGAUUAAGAAACUUGAACUUUUCCAGAAGAGAUGUGAAGACAGAGAUAAAGAGUGUGUACAACUGACAGCACAGAGCCAGACUCUGAAACAGAGCCUGGAGGGAGAGUAUGUACCCAGACAGCAGCACGAACAAAUGAAGAUGGAGUUAAGUUCCACGAUAGAGAGUGUUAAAGCUGAGAUGUUGAAGUUGGAGACCAAGGAAAAAGAAAGUGGGGAAGAAUUGAAGAAUGUGAAAGAAGGAAACGAUAAGUUGAAAGAAAAGUUGGAAAAGGUUCAGUCGGAGAUGAAAAAAGACUAUAUAAGUGUUAAAGAGCACAAAUCAAUCACAGACAAGUUAAACACUGCUGUGGUUGAGGCAGAGAACAGAGCAAACCAAGUGUCAGCGAUGCAUGUGUUGGCCCAGGAGGAAACGGGAAAGCUUACUCAAGAAUUGGAGGCCCAGAAGAAAGAACUUGAUACCAUACAGGAGGCAAUUCAGUCCAAGUUUAUCCCACUGACAGCGGUUGAGGAAAAAGAAAACUCGUACAGUGCGCAGGUGAAGGAGUUGACGGUCAAACUGCUGGAAAUGGAAGAGAAGUAUAACAAAGAAAAGUCUGCCAGAGAGAGCAACAAACAGGAAGAAGAGAAACUAAAAGUUGAGAUGGAAUCUGUUCAACAAAGACUAGACACUGCUCUUGUUACCAGUGAAAAGCACAAGGAAGUGGAGGAAGAGUUCAAGGGUAAAUUUGAGGAAUUAACUCUGAAGUUGGUCGACCUAGAGGAGCAGCACAAAGAGGUAACCCUUCAGAAAGCUGAAUUUCAAGAGCAGAACGCCCUCUGCAACACUCAGAUCCAAAAUCUCCAGGAGCGUCUGAAAUCAGAGUUGACUCGGAUAGCAACAUAUGACACAGAGCUGAAAGCCCUUAAUGAUGCCAUGCAGCAAGCCCAGGCUGAUUGCAAGAAAGCAAGAGAUGCUCAGCAAGAGGAGACCCAGAAGGUUUGUGCCAUGCAGAAAGAGCUUCAGGAACACUGUGGGGAUCAGGCUUCUCUGCUGCAAGAACAGGCCAUGGCCAAGGAAGCCUUGGAGGACGAGGUCGCUAAGCUCCGAAUGGCACUUCGCGAAGAGGAGGAGAACAAUGCCCAGAGGGCCGAGGACGUCUCUGCCCUGCAAUCUGAGCUCCUUCAAGCCACUCAGGCUCUCGAGGAGCUUCGCAAUAGGGAAGACCAAAUGAACCAGCUGACUAAGGAGAAGCAGCAGCUGGAGGAGGAGGCUGCCAACCUGAGCAACAAGCUAUUGAGCUUAGCAGAGGAGUGCAAAGAGGUCCAUCAGGAGGCGACUCAAGCAAGGGAGGGUGAGAGCAAGGCCAAGACAGAGAUGGAGGCUGUCCAGGAGAAGGGACGCGCCAUCGAAAGAGAAAUUAGGGAGCUGAAAGAGCGGUACGACGAGUCACUCAGCACCAUCUGUGAUCUUCAGAGGAGGAUUCAGACAUCCGCUCAGCAGACUGAAGCCAAAGACAAGAAGAUCACAGAGUUGCUGACAGACGUUGAGCGAUUGAAGCAGGCGCUGAAUGGUCUGUCCCAGCUGGCAUACACAAGCAACGCUCCCAAUAAGAGACAGACGCAGCACAUCGACACUCUCCAAGCACAGAUCAAGGGCCUACAGCAGCAGCUGGCUGAUGCUGAGAGGCAACACAGGGAGGUGGUUUCAAUUUAUCGAACUCAUCUUCUCAGUGCAGCACAGGGCCACAUGGAUGAGGACGUCCAAGCCGCCUUACUACAGAUCAUCCGCAUGAGACAAGAGUUUGUGUGUUAAAGCUUCCUCCAACCAAACACGAUGCUGCCUGCUGACUCAAAUUCACCAUUCUCACAUCCUCCGCUGCAGAGAGUCCCUGCUGUGGCCCCUGUGGGUGCCCAGUGUGUGUGUGUGUGUGUGUGUUUGUGUGUGUGUUUGUGUGUGUGCGUGUGUGUGUGUGUGUGUGUUUCAGGCAAUAUUUCUCCAAACAAGCCGUUGAAGCUAAAAUACAUUUAUGUGUAGUACAGCUGCACUUCAGUUCCCAAAUAUCUGAACGUAUUUGUCGUGGCUGUAGGUGAAUAACUGUAGAUUUUAGGGGCAAAUACAUUAUUUGAACUUCAGUUGAAAAACAGGAAAUUAAAACUCUGUUUACAUUAAAAUGGUGUUGGAUUAGUUCAAGAUGUCCUGUAUCAAACUGUGAAAUCAUUUUGACUCAAUCACCAACCUAUGCACAGGAUUUAUUUUUUCAAUUUCAAGUGUGUGAUUACACACAUUUCUGUCAAAUCUUAGAAAAUUAUAAUGCAGAUCUUUGCAUUGCUAUUAACCCAUUAUAUUCAGUAAUGUUGGAAUAAUUUGAAUGUAUGUAGGUCCCCCCUAUAUAGAUAACUCUCUCUUUAACACAAAGACCACUUUUCACAUUCCCACCUGACAGUCAGCUCUCAUACAGUAUGUUUGUGUCAUGAUGUUUGCUGGAAUUUGAAGGAUAGGUUCACUUUUUUAUUUGUAAGUCAACCUUAUUACAAUACUCAGAUGUCCAUGUGUACACUGAAAGAGUUCUUGGUCCCUGUAGCUGUUCCUCUUGAAGAGAUCUCUCUUUGUGUUUCCUCAGCUGGUGUUUUUCCUUGCUGAGCUACAGGGAAGACACAAUAACAAAAAGAGUCAAUUCUGUACUAAAGCCACCAUAGCUUGGGAAGAAUACACUUAAUAUAUCUAAUUCAGACUACAGCUAUGCAUUUUUGCAUAGAAAACUGAGAAUUUUGUCCCACAUCUUACAUCGACAGGAUUAGAAGUAGACCCCCUUCAAAGCCAGUAUGCACAGAAGGAAUAAUUACAGUGGCUAAUAACUCUUUCAAAGCACAUUACAAUACAGACUUGGAAAAAAAUUUGAACCUCUCCUUUAAACUUGGCGUGUUCAGGCCAGCUGUAACACUUCAGCCACUCACUUGAGAUGUUAAGAGACAGACUGUUCUCAUGUUGUCGCAUUGGGCACAGUUACUAUCUUCCUCUGGAGGUCCAAACUUAGCAUAAGUGCUUUCAGAAUGAUCCAAAUACCAAAGACAUCAUCCAAAUCUAAAAAGUACUUGCCAUUUUGGUAGAUGGUUGAUAGUACUGUGUUAGAUGUGGGAGAGCUUUCAGUUAUGUCACUCACACAGUUACGGCAGUCACAUGAGACUGUCCAUGGUUGAUGCUGGAUUUGAGUCAUGAGGGUGUGGAGUAGAGAUCUCUUGCUGUGUCCUACAGUUUGCAGUGGCUCGUCGUCCUUUUGUUGAAACCAGAGUGUCCUCUAGUGGUGAGACUUGGCAGGCCAAGUUGAUGAAAUUGUAAUAAUCAGUAUGGCCCAGGGGUAGGCAGUUGUUGUUUUUUGGUAGCUGUAUUGUCUGCAUGCCUGUACUUAACACUAAGGAAAUAUAUUAGAAAUCUCAGAUAGUUGAGAGAAUCUGAAAUGUGGUGUAAACUGAACUAACUUUAACUAUUAAUACCACGCUGCUUUGCAUUACUUUACAUUUAAACCAAAUCAUUUUAAAGGCAGCAAAAUGUCCCAACUACAGCUGGACUUUAUGUAUAAAACCUAAAUAUUUUCAGCAGUGAACUUUGCAGCUCUCCUAGAACAAGGGUUGCGUACCCCUGAGCCGACUCUUUGUGACUCUUCAUGGUGUAGUGUAGUGGUGUUGUGAUUGUUGAGCAAGUCUCUCGUGCCUUUACACUGACAUAUUUUUCAUAGCUUUGUACUACUUUGAUUACUGUACUACAGUGUGACAAUUCUGAUAUUCAGCAGGUCUGGAAGUAGAACGGCACAAAACACAUGUUCAGGGUAACAUUUACUGUAGGAUGCCAUUUAAGAAUAGAACAGAUCCCUUAAAUUAUGUUGAUAGGCAACCCUUGAAAGAUUUGUUAUUUGAAACACUCCCGUCAUUACCUUCAAGCUAACACACCUUGCCAAGUUAAAAUUUCUUCCUCUCUGUUUUUAUACUUUGGCCAAAUAUUCUGUUUACAACAGUUAGUUUAGAAAACAAAACCUUCUGAGUUUUGUUAUGUAGACAUUUGGGAUUAACUCUGAUCUUUCUUUUGGAUAUUUCUUCAACUGUUAAUAUAAACUACUAAUUAAAUCCAGUUAAACCUCUAAAUAAAUAUAAACCAAUCUGUUUAAAUUGGUUGUAUUUGUUGGCAUAGUAUUUGUGUUUGUGAAUCAGUAAAAUAAAAUCAAUAAAAGUGCCUAACAUAGAAAACUA